AACUCAGAUAACAUUAACUAGAAGUGUGGGACAAAGGUUGCCUCCCUCCCUCUCUCGCCACCUUACCUUUGCUUUGUAGCCAUUUUCUGCAGUCUGGUUUCAGAGCAGCACAAACCCGUCUUCAUUCUCAGCACAUAAGAGAUAAUGGAACAAGCUAGUCUCUGUGACCUGAACGAGCCUCUCAUUGACCAUGCUGAAGGCCAGUUCUUCUUAAGUGAAGCCUUCAAAAUUAUUAUGGAGGAAGUGCUCUCCAAUGGCACAGAUGUCAAACAGAAGGUUUGUGAGUGGAAAGAGCCCGAGGAGCUGGCUCUGCUCCUGGAUUUGGGGGUGAGAGAGACAGGAGAGCCACGGGACAAGCUCCUCCAGAGAGUAAGAGAUGUUGCCAAGUACAGCAUCAAAACAAGUCACCCACAUUUUUUUAAUCAACAGUACGGUGGGGUGGACUAUCAUUCCUUGGCUGGAAGAUUCCUCACCGAGGCUCUCAACACUAAUCUCUUCACCUAUGAGGUAGCCCCAGUCUUUGUGCUGAUGGAGAACGAGGUCCUCAGGGCCCUACGUCAGCUGGUUGGUUGGACAGAGGGUGAUGGGAUUUUCUGUCCGGGGGGCUCAACCUCCAACAUGUAUGCCAUGAACCUCGCACGCUAUCAAUGCUUCCCAGAGGUCAAAAGCAAGGGGGUGUGGGCUCUCCCACGGCUAAGCAUCUUUACAUCUCCAGAGAGCCAUUACUCUGUAAAGAAAGGCGCUGCAUUUCUGGGGAUUGGUUUGGACAACGUCAUCUUUGUGAAAGUGGACGACAGAGGUCGUCUGAUUCCAGAGGAUCUGGAUGAAAAAAUAGAGCUGUCCAAAUCUCAGGGUGCAGUGCCAUUUCUCGUAAGCUGCAUAUCAGGGACCACAGUGCAGGGUGUGUUUGACCCGCUGGAUCACAUAGCUGAUAUUUGUGAUAAACACAAGCUGUGGAUGCAUGUAGAUGCUUGCUGGGGAGGGAGCGUGCUUUUUUCUAAGAAACACCGACAUCUGAUGAAAGGAGUUGACAGAGCAAAUUCAGUAGCAUGGAAUCCCCACAAGAUGCUGGUGGCUGGCCUGCAGUGUUCUGCUUUACUCCUGAAGGACACCACGAAUUUGUUGAAGCAGUGCCACAGUGCCAAUGCCACAUACCUCUUCCAGCAAGAUAAGUUCUACGAUGUGAACCUGGACAUUGGGGAUAAGUCUGUGCAGUGCAGCCGCAAGGUGGACUGUCUGAAGCUGUGGUUGAUGUGGAAAGCUGUUGGCUCCGUGGGCUUAGAAGAGCGUGUAGACAAGGCUUUUAUUCAUGCAAGAUAUCUGGUGGAGCAGAUGAAGAAAAGAGAGGGGUUCCAGCUUUUGAGCAUGCCAGAGUUUGUGAAUGUCUGCUUCUGGUUCAUACCACCGAGUUUGAGAGGGAAGGAAGGAACUGAAGAUUACCAGGAGAAACUGGCAAAAGUAGCUCCUGUCAUCAAGGAACGUAUGAUGAAGCAAGGCACUAUGAUGGUCGGCUACCAGCCUUUGGGAAACAAGGUCAACUUUUUCCGUGCGACUGUAUUCUCUCCCCUACUGUCCCAGAAAGACAUGGACUUCUUCCUUGAUGAAAUUGAAAGACUAGGAAAGGACCUGUGACAAAGCCCAUAAGUGAACACCUUGCCCUUCAGAAAAUGUGAUUGUGCGUUUAAUGCUGGUCAUUGUAAUUUUACAAAUAACAACAAACAAGUCAAAUUGUGUUAAUUUCAAUAUCUGAUUUCCAAGAUUCCAACAGCUGUUAAAUAAAUAAAUAAAUAAAGGUUACUUGGUAUUACAAACUUUAUAUGACCAUGUUCUUUAUUGUAAAGGAGUUUAAAACAUUUUUGGAGAAUGCCUACCCUUUACAUUUUAUUUUAUUUAUUAACCUUUAUUUAACCAGGAAGAUCCCAUUGAGAUUAAAAACCUCUUUUUCAAGGGAGACC